GUUCACGUCACGCACGCGAAGAUCGUUGCAUCGUGGCGUGCACGCGCAAAGAGUCGUCGUCGCGCGAGAGGUGGAGUGUCUGCGCGAGCCGACCGUGUUGACAUCUAGGAAGUUUAAGAUGUCGGGGAAUGUUUUGUGCGACGAGCCGCUGGUAUGUUCGCGGACGAAAUGACUUGCUUGUUGUGGUGCACGUCUGCUAAAUUCCGGCCUAAGUUAAAUCCCAAAGUGUUGUAAGAGCGCCGCGCCGCCGGUGGGGCCGUGCCAGGUCGUCUCCAGCCGUGUGUGUCUGUCGCCGUCGCCGACGCCGACGCCGCCGACGUGUGUGAGAGAGCGAGGGGGAGUGAGCGAGAACGCGAGGUGGUGAGCGAGGGCGCGAGAGGAGACGAAGGUGCGAGGACACUGUGGCUUGCCCGCAGUGUAUGUGUGUGCGCGUGUACCACUGCCAGGACCUGGAGACAUCCGCGGGAAGACCCCGCGACGGUCGCGCGCGUUCCCCCCUUUCUUUCGUUUUUCGCACCUGGUUUCGCACCGCCACCGUCGCCGCCGUGUGCUGACCGCCGGCGGGUGACAAGUGAAAAUUGAUCGCCGGGGAGGUGCUGGACAGUGCGGGAGCGGAACGGACACGUGGUGUGGACGACUAUUUUUUAAAUUCAACUCGUAACUGGGAUGGGAGCCAAGGCGAGCACCGUGGCACAAUCCGCUGGUGGUAACGGUCAGUCCUCCACUGGGGCCAACGAGACCGCGAUGCAGGGCUUCUCCAUGCUCCGCUCCCUGCCUGGCGGCGUGGGCAUGCUCCAGCAUCAGCACCAGCAAGCCAGUCAGUCGCAGAACUCGCGUAUGUCCGGGGACAGUAGACAGCGUGCACGCUCACUGAGUUCCGUGCCGGACCUCUCCUCCGCCGAGCAGGCUGGCCUCUCCACCUCGGUCGGAGUUGGAGUCGGCCAGGCGCUCGGUCUGCCACAGCUCGAUUCCGACGAUACGGACGAGGAGAGUGGUCGCGUUUAUGCCGCUCACAGCUUGCCUUCGCACAUUUGGUCCCUCAACGGUCUAAAGUGUCCCGUAUGCUCCAAGUUUAUUUUACCGGAUGAUAUCGAGUGUCACCUGGUCAUGUGCCUGACCAAGCCACGGCUCAGCUACAAUGAGGAUGUGCUGACAGAUGGAAAAGGUGAAUGUGUCAUUUGCUUGGAGGAGUUACAAUCUGGAGAUCUUAUAGCCCGCUUGCCCUGUCUCUGUAUAUAUCAUAAAAACUGUAUUGAUAAGUGGUUUCAAGUGAAUCGUAGCUGCCCUGAACAUCCUGGAGAUUGAUUUGUACUUGCUGAACUUGAUGGAGUAUAGUGGAACAAGUUGCUAGCCCAGAGGACAUUCACGUCGAUGGGAUUGAGGUGGCAGGAAAGUUAAAAAAAAAGCUAGUCAAGGUGGCUGCUAGUCCGCAAUGGUGAUUGGUGCGUGCGGUGAAUUGUUCGACUGAACGAGACUUACUCAUCUAAUCGAACACACGGAAACACAGAAUGUUUAAUUCAAUCUUCAAUUCUACUAUUGUUAAGCGGAGGACUUAAAUAACAAAAAAAAUCGCCAUAGGAUUCAACGAUACAAUGCUAUUAUCUAUACGUAUCUAUAAUUAAUCUAUUAUUGCUCUAUCGCUUAAAUAUCAAUUGUACCGUAUAAAUUUUACUUAGUUUUACAUCUUGAACUCGAUUUAGCGCUUAAGCUGGACAAUCUUUAUUAUUAUCGAUCAUGAUUUUUUUCUUAUUCUUUUUAUGGUUCUUUUUUUCUGGAAAAGGGGGACAGGACGAAUCUUAGUCAAGGAGGCCUGCAUAGGAGCAGGUAAGCUCUACCUUAGAUAAGUUAGUUAUACUUUUAUUGAUUUUUAGUAUUGAGACGGUAUAUAUCGUAAUUUUCCGUUGUCUGUUGGGGAAUGAGUGUUAGAAAGGAUAUUUUUGAUACUUUCAUAAAAGGGAGAGCCAGAAUGUAUAAGAGUUUCGAGCGCUGGAGAUGACGUAACACUGUUGAUGCUGUAGUAACAAUAAAGGUUCUGAUUUAACCUUCCUUACUGAGAUUCAUACUAAUGUGAUAAUCUCUUUUGUUGUUAUUAGAGAGAAUUGAACACGCUCCGUGUUACCGAGAUGUACAGUCUAUUGUCGAUUAUACGAGGAUUAUUACCUACUGUAUAAUUAAUCUCUUUUGUAUAUGAAUAAGGAUUGACAUAACCCAGCAGAAGUAGUUUUUGUAAUACGAACAAUCAAAGUCUAUCAUUGUUCCAGUAAUAUAUGCAAACCGUGUAUGUUCGGCUCGGACUUGUCUUUGCGUGAAGUUUAAAAGAAUUACAAAGCAAUGAGAUGUAUGUGAAGGGAACGGAAAAAUGGUGCGAUGCAAAACGGGAGGGAGGUGGAACUAGAAAUAAAUUAUGUUAACAAAACCGAACGCGUAAACAUAAAGUAUGUACAUAUACAUGUGUAUAUAUAUAUGCAUACUCUCGCGCACUUUCUUUCGACAGAUAUCUAGAUGUAUAUCGGACUAAACACUUUUUUAACACUGGUAAGCGAAAUAAAUUGAAAAAUUUUUAUAAGCCAAGAGGGCCGCUUGUUUCGGACUGCAAGCGGUCUUUAAAAAAAAAAUGUAUAAUUCGGAAUUUAGAAAAUAUUUAAUAAUAGAGAUAUCGUAAUUAGUAAAUUAAAAAAUAUAUGUAAAACAAAGAAAAAAGGUAUCUAUUCCAGAGAAAGUGCGCGACGCCUAAAACAUCCCGUAUGUAUAUAUAUACGCACCUUUUUUAAGCUAUACGAGAGGUAAGUGGCCGUAGAUACGACAAGCUCGAUUUCGUAAAGAAAUAAAAAAAAUAAAGAAAAAAAAAGAGAAAGGAAGAAGAGGAUGUAAAGGAAGAUCGAGAUAAAGAUGCGACAUCGAUAAUAGCGACAACAACGUUGCGGGGAAAGGUUUUCCUUUGUAUUUCGUUACUGAUGCGAGGCGAGAAUCGUGUCUCGCGGCGCUCGGUCGUUUAUCGAUUUUACGAUAAUGUAAAGCUCGUUGUAUGCGACGAUUAAUACAAAGAUGGAAUGCGGGGAAGAAAGCGGAAAGUAAUGCGCGCGCGGUAACGAGGAGGGACGCAAAUAGACACGUAUAUUCUACGACGCGCUGCGAGCACGUGCAUUGCAUGUGUCGCGCGACGUACCGCGACAUACGCACGCACGCACGUGCUUGUCUCGUUCGCUCUCGAUCUCGGUAGCGGUAUUCCGUAUUGCGAAUCGUGGUUAACGAUCAUGUAAUUUUUUCGUAAGAUGGAAACGCGAAAAGUGAACAUUUUUAUUAUUAAAGUAUAAAUGGAAAAAUUUUUCACUUUUCACGUUUCCGCUUCAACGAAAAAAAUUUACAUAAUCGCUAUCGUAUUUAUAUCUUAGUUGUAUCUUUUCACACUUACUGUAUUAAAAAAAUAUAAAAAAAAAAUGAAAGGCGGCGAUGUAUUCGAGAGCAGAAUAGCAAUUUGCAGGAAACUAAAAUAAUAAACAAAAUUAACGAUACUUGUUUCACUUAUUCGAAACAAAAGAAGAAACAUGAAACAAUGAUAAUAAUUAUUUUUUAAUGUUUGUCGUGUCUAUGCCUUUUAUUUUCCGAUUGUACAGAAUGUCCCUGAACCGCCGUAUAUGCAGUUUUCAAUAUUAAUUGAUAAACUUUACGUUAAGAUUUUAUUGAAACUUUAAUUUCAUUAAAAAAACAUUUCUGUUAUUUAUUUUUUUCCGAAACUUUGCCAGACAACCACAAUUUUUGCUCGAACACUGUGUAAUAUUUUUAAACAAAGAUUAAUUCGAAAUUAUGUGAAGAAUUUAAUGAAAGAGACUGGUUCUCGGGACAUUUUGAAAUAGAAUCAUAUCAACUCGUCGCCAAUUAUUUACCGAUAGUUUCUGUUAUUUUAACAAUAAGACAUACGGUUUUCCUCUACCUGAGGGACUGUCACAAUAGCGAACGAUGUUUUUUGUUGCUUUAAAAUUACAGUGCCGUAUGGAAUUUUUCUACCUGAGGGUAACAAUAACGAUUUGUCACCAAAAUAAAACCUGAGAAAGCCCGAGGAAGUGCGUCUAAUCUAGUUCCGUAGAAUAAAGAGAUGCGAAAGAAAGGCGGGUGAAAGCCUAAACUCGCAGGAUUGUAAACUGUGGACACACAGGUUGUAUAAUGAAAUCAUUUUUAUGUAUGACACUAUUGACUUAAAUAUAUAGUUUAUAAGCUACGUUCGAUUUA